AUGAAGAAAAAUCCUCAAUUGAAAUUAUCCGAUAUACAAUCACUAAGAGAGUGGUGCGAAAAACAACCGCACUUGCCAAAAGUUGAAGAUACUUUCCUUGCCUUGUGUCUUCACAGGCAUAAUUAUCAAAUGGAACCAACGAAAAACAUAAUUGAGAAUUAUUACACAACCAGGACGCACUUACCAGAAUUUUUUUGCAAUCGAGAUCCGCUCGAGGAAAAAAGGAUAAAACAGGCCUCCCAAGUCUUAGCAUGUUUUCCUCUGGAAGAAAUAACAAAGGAUGGCUAUAAACUGCUAUAUGGAGCAUAUUUAGACACCGAUCCUUCUCUCUAUGACUUUAAUGACGCUUGCAAAUAUUACAUAAUGUUAAACGACAUGCAUUUUUUGAUGGAUGGUACUACAAACGGAUAUAUUAUUUUCUUUGAUGCUAGCAAUUUAUCCUUCGGUCAUAUUAAACGAAUGAAUCCAUUCACAUUCAAAAAAUAUUUAUAUUAUCUCCAAGAGGCAUCACCAUUUCGUAUAAAGGAAGUCCAUAUCAUAAACGCACCAACAAUCAUCGAAUUUGUAAUGAACAUGAUAAAACCUUUUAUGAAGAAAGAACUACUAGACGCAGUACAUUUUUUUUCAUCGUUAGAGAACGUUUCCAAAUAUAUCUCAGUGGAUGCGUUGCCGAACGAAUCGGGUGGAAAGGCGGGUCCGACACGCAUAUUGAAUGAAAUGGAAAUGAAGAAACUCGAGGACUAUCGUGAAUGGUUUCUGCUGGACAAAAUAACCAGACGUGUUGACGAAACAAAGAGAAUUGGCAAGAGCAAAUCGGCGAAUGAUUUAUUUGGUGUUGAGGGUAAUUUUAGAAAAUUGGAUAUAGAUUAAAAAAGAUUUAUAAUUCUA